AUGGCGCACGCCCCACCCUUAUUAGCAACCCCCGUCGCCACUCUUUCAAUGGUCGCGAAGCUCUGGACCAUCGUAACGGGCGCGGCGGCGAGCUCGUUCACGGGCGUCUCGUUGCCCUUCUUCCGUUGUCAUCUCUCCGUCACCCGUCGUCAGCUUCCCGCCGCUCGUCGCCGCAUCCUCGCCGCCCCUCGUCACCUCCUCGUUGCCGGUCGUCAGCUCCACACUGCCCGUUGCGCACCAGCAGCUAUCCCCGCCCGCCCUCCCGCCGGCCCCUAUGCUGCUGCCGCGGCUGCACAUUUCGUGACUGCAGCUGCUGUGCCGCCCCGUGCGGCUUCCCUGUGCUCCCCCGUCGCCUUCCCCUCUGGGAAUGCGGCUGUUGGGGGGGAGGUGGGAUCACCGUGGGUGGGGAGGGGUCUGGAGGAAGGAAAUGGGGGAGGGAGUGAGGUUCCAGGGGGCGGCUAA